GUUCAGUCAGAAAGCCAACUUUGCAGAGGCGAGCGAGCCCCAGCAGGAUCAGAUACAGGAGAGCGGUUCUGUCACUGAAACUCAUCAGACUCAUUUAUGGACUCUAUUGGACUCUUCUGGACUUAGCUGAACCCUGGACUCUACCGGUGCUCCUCUGGACUUUAAUUUGGACUGUGCUGGACUCAACUAGGGGAUUCCACUGGACUGUGUUGGUUUCUGCUGGUUUCACAUAGGAUCUGUUGAAAUUCAACAGUCUGCAUAUGAAUGGAGUUUGACUAAUUCUGCACUGCAGGGCUGUUUGAGUUCUUGAGCAGCUCGCGGUAAAUCUAAUGUGAGUUCUGGAUUCAUCUGCUUCAGAUUUCUCCAAAUAAAAGGCUCUAUAUAAUUAGACAUCAUAAUUUAUUUAAAUCCACUAACAGGACAGAAAACAGCAACAAGUCUGGCAAGCUGCAAGUGUUUUGUUUGAGAGGCGAGUUCUUCCCUUCAUCGGGUUAUUUAUUCCGACAGUAAGGUUCUGGUACUCAUUUGAAUGUUGGCCUAGUUUUGACCUCAUGUCUUGGUGGAGGAUGAAAAAGAGCGCCAGCAGCAGCAGCAGCAGCAGCAGCAGCUGCAGCAGCAUGAGUCUCCUGUGUGUCCUGUGGCUGCUGAUGGUCUGUCUGGCUCCUGAGAGCGGCGGCCAGAGGCUGAAGGAGGCGGAGGGGGAGCAGCCAGCAGCCAGAGCUCAGCUGGCCGAGAGAGACGCUCUCUGCCACCAGGAUGGAUGCUACAGCGUCUUCCUCCAGAAGAGAUCCUUCAGGGAGGCUGGGCGGAGCUGCAGGGAGCGAGGUGGGACCCUGGCAACCAUGCAUACCCACGAGGCAGCGGGUGUGGUCCACGAGCUCCUGUCGGCUAUCGAGGCGCAGGGUGCCAGGUCCAGGCUUCGCCUCUGGAUCGGGCUGCACAGACCUCCACGCCAGUGCUCAUCCACCAGACCCCUCAGAGGAUUCGUCUGGGUCACAGGAGACCAGGAUGGACAGUUCACCAACUGGCUCCGUGAAGACGCCCCCGGCACCUGUGCAGCGCCGCGCUGCGUGGCCAUGACCGUCCACACCUCUGAGAGUGGGCGGGAGAGCAGCGACAACUUCAAGUGGCUGGACGGAUCCUGCGCUCUCCCGCUGGACGGAUUCGUCUGCCAGUACAACUACAAAGGCAUGUGUCCGCCGCUGGAGGCCGAGGGAAGCGGCCCGGCUGUCUACACCACCCCGUUCCACCUGGUCAGCACCCUGCUGACUCACGUGCCCUACGGGUCUGUAGCUUCUGUACCCUGCCCUGCAGACAGCUCGGAUCCAGAUGGUCCAGCUGAGCAGACGGUGCUGUGCAUGGAGAGAGAUGACGAGACGGUGGGCUGGUCCAGGGACGCCCCGCUCUGCUCGUCUGGUGCCACUCCAAAGAACCAGGACUGGUGUAGCGGGGACCACGGAUGUGAGCAGUUCUGUCAGAAUGCAGACACAGACUACUACUGUUACUGCUCUGAGGGCUUUAUGAUAGAUGAGGACGGCUACAGCUGCAAACCCGACCCCCUGAGCGAAACUGACUCCCCUGAACUGUCCUCUGACUCCGCCGGUCCCACCGACCAGCCCCACAUGAAGGAGGUCUGUGUGGAGAUGGGGUGCGAGUACGACUGUGUGGAGACGUCACGGGGGAUCCGCUGCACAUGCCCCCCGGGGUACCAAAUGGGUCCAGAUGGCCGCAGAUGUUCUGACGUAGACGAGUGUCAACAGCAACCUUGUCCCCAACAGUGCGUCAACAUCCCGGGCACCUUCCACUGCACCUGCUUCCCCGGGUACCAGCAGGAUGACGAGGGCGAGUGUGUGGACGUGGACGAGUGCCACGACGAGGGCACUUGUGAAGGCACUUGUGAGAACACAGUGGGGUCCUACACAUGUCUGUGUAACCCCGGGUACCAGCUGGGCUCUGAGGGGGAGUGUGUGGAUGUAGACGAGUGUGUGGGGGAGUCGCCCUGCCAGCAGCAGUGUCUCAACUACAUGGGAGGAUACCAGUGUUACUGCGACAAUGGCUACGACCUGCAGUCAGAUGGACUCACCUGCCAGCCGUCAGCUGACGACGAAGAAUACUCCACUCUGACCCCCGACCCCAGCGACUCCGCUCACAUACCAGACUUGAACCCUCGCCAUGAUAUCCCCUGGUCCUCCUCUUUCACCCCGGACCCAAACUUUGAAGCUGAGACUAACUUUGACGUGGACUGGCUGACAGAAGCCCCUGACUUGCUCUCACCUGACAUGGCUCACGGGUCGGAUAACCACCUGAACCAGUGGGAUGCCCUCUCACCGAGGCGAUACCAGACAGCCCCAUCCCCGACGCAAAGAGACAGCACAGGUAACGAAAUUGAUAACGAAGCUGAAGCUAAGACGGGAGGUAGAGGAGCCAGUGAUGGGGUGGGAGCUGAGAAUGGAAAGGGGUCAGCCGCUGGGACGAGGGAGGGAUUUGAGGCGGACAGUCCAGAGGAUGUCAGCGGCACAGCAGAGGGAUCAGCUGACGGCAAACGGAAGCAUGACAAGAGCUGGCUGCUGGUGGCCCUGCUGGUGCCUCUGUGUGUGUUCCUCGUAGUGAUGCUGGCUCUGGGGAUCGUCUACUGCACCAGCUGUGCUGUGGACAAGAGCCUCAGCUUCUCAGACUGCUAUCGCUGGAUACUCCCCACGACGCCUCCUGAGAGGAGGGACGGCAAAACCCAAGCAUGAACGCUAAACCAAACAAACACGUACGCACGCACACGUGCACUGAACGCCCAGAUGUUUGUUAAACAUUUUUUCUUAUCAUUUGGAUUUAGUACAGCUGACUGGCUCUCCCCCAUUCAUCGAGGAAAAAGUAAUACCUUCUGUUGCACACCCUUGUAAAUAAUUCACUUUCUCAUCAUGUUUUUAGAAUUCAAUAAAACCAAUAAACUGA